CCCGUGAUGGACGUGACGCACGCGUGUCGCUGCUGCCUGUGGUGUCCCGCGGACAAGGACCUGACGACGCCGUACACACAUCUCGGCAAAACGGAGAUAUAUGCCGUCAUGGUCAAAGAGUGCUUUGAUAUACAUCUGGUACUAGGCGGCUCGGGCUCGUGCGGCAUCUGCUCUAUGUGUGUGGGCCGCCUGCGAGAUGCGAGCGACUUCAAGCUGCAAGUGCAGCGCAGCCAGGCCGAGCUGCAGGCACUGCUUGUUAAAGCGGAGUCUGCGGUCAAAUCUGAGCAGGCUGAUGAUGGCGUGGAUGAUGAUUCUGUGUUCGAUGUCUUAUACGAGGAGCCCAUACUGGUGGAGCAGUCAGAGGUCGGCGAAGAGAAGAGCAAGGAACUCAUGGAUGUAGACCCCCUCGUCAAGUCGGAGACGGGUGAUGUGAUGAGUGGCGGCGACUCGUCAGCGGCGGUGUGUUCGGAAAGCAGCGCCGCCCGCCCCAGGAAACAGGAAACCCGCAAAAAACAACGCUUACAAUGUCGCAUAACAAGACACACUGGCGAGAAGCCUUUUUCGUGUAACUACUGUGGUGACAAAUUUAGUCGGCGGGCAACCCUACAUAGCCACCAGAUGAUACAUACCGGGGAAAAGCCAUUUAAAUGUAGCGAUUGCGACUACAGCUCCAGGCUGAAAGGAAGCUUGCUAACACACCAGAGGAUACACACCGGAGAGAAGCCGUACACAUGUAACUACUGUGAUUACAAAUGCAGUCAGCAAGCGAGCUUACAAGCACAUCAGCUGAUACAUACCGGGGCAAAGCCGUUUAAAUGUAGCCACUGCGACUACACGUGCAAUCGGAAAGGAAACUUAAUAGUUCACCAAAGAAUGCACACCGGGGAGAAACCAUACACAUGUAGUCAUUGCGAUUACAAGUUCAGCGAUGCAUCUAAGUUACGAAGACACGAAAGAACACAUACUGGCGAGAAGCCUUUUCAGUGUAGCCAGUGUGAUUACAAAUUCAGUCGGAGAACACACUUACAGAGACACAAGAUGAUACAUAAUAGGGCGAAGCCGUUUAAAUGUAGCAAUUGCGAAUACGAGUGCAGGCGAAACGAAGAAUUGCUAAGACAUCAGAAGACACACACUGGCGAGAAUUUAUUUGUAGCUACAACUACACGAGUCGACAGAAACUAACUUAAA